AGAUUUAUUGACGACGAGAGGUUAACUGCGAACGGAUUUGACGUCUGUUUGAAGACUGGUAAGUGUGCAUUACUGGGUUCGUUCAAAGUCUUAAAUUCGUGAGGGAGUCUUGAAAUUUGCGGCGAACCAGUUUUCUAGACCGUGAAAAAGUCUAGUAAAAUGGGGUAAAUCUAAAUUUGCAACGCUCUCUCUUGAAUUGUGCAGAUUUAGGACCCGAAAAAGUCCUGUCCAGUGGUCCGGAACAAUAAUUAGAUUUUUUUGCUAAUCAAGUAGCUUUUCUUACUAUCUUGGCCAAUUAGCAAAUCACCUUUCAACUACAGUAGAACCUUCCUAACUCGAACUCUGAAGGGAAGCGAGGAACAGUUCAAGGUACCGAGAGUUUGAGUUAUCGGGUUCGAUUCCAAAAUUCAAUUUUCAGUGUUAAAAAUUGGUAGUUACUGAUUUUUCAGCACUUCCGGCAGUGUAUAGUGCUACUGCAGCGCAAGUUUAACUUAUUUAUCAGAAACGGUAAUAUGAUUAGGCAUUUUUUAUGCUAAAACGUCAUCUGUUCGUUGCACCAGUUAAAAUCAAAUUGCUGUUAAGUGUUAGCCAGUGUUAGAUUUUUUUCUUUUUUCUGAUUCUAUAACAAGAACAGCUAAAAGAACGGCUUGCGAAUACAGUUACAAGAACCAAAAUUCAAGUUAUCGGGUAAUUUUCAGUGACUUUUUGAUCAAGGGAAAGGAAAUUUAUUUUGAGUUAGCGGGGAAUUCGAGUUAUCCGAGUUAAAGUUAUCCGAGUAAAAAUGACUGAAAAGUGGGGUGAAAUCUGAGGGAAAUUGGACUAGUAGUUCAAGUCAUCCGAGUUCGAGUUAACCGAGUAAAAAUGACUUAAAAGUGGAGUGAAAUCUGAGGGAAAUUGGACUUAGUUCAAGUUAUCCGAGUUCGAGUUAACCGAGUAAAAAUGACUGAAAAGUGGGUUGAAAUCCGAGGGAAAUUGGACUUAGCUCAAGUUAUCCGAAUUCGAGUGAGGGGCUCUACUGUAAAUCAGUAAGUUAGACAAGUGAGCAAUGGCCCCAGAAAAGCAAAGGUCGAAAGUUGCAAAUCCAAAUGACAAGGUGGAAUUAAAGUUCUUUUUCGAACCCUAAACUGCACCUGAAAAAUUUACGGUAACGUACCCUUAUGGUGAGUAAAAUCGUGUGAAGCAGUCGCGAACAAGUGACAUUAGCUUUGUUUCCUCUAAUCGUUCUGAUCGUCUCGUCAUUGAUCCAAAAAUGUUAUCAUACGAUCCACAGGAGUAUAAGCGUAUAAUACUCAGGUAAAAGUCUUUUUGGGAAAGCAUUGGCCAAAUAGAUCACCCCUGCCCUGUGCUCGAAUUUGAAUAGACUGAUCUGCAAGACCACUGGUCGUGACUGGUCUUGCCACGAUUGGCCUGUUAAUAAAGCUAUUGUCAAUUUGCCAAUCAGGUUGAAGGGGAGUCCGAAACGCAUUUCCGGUAAUUCAUAGAGUCCGUCUGCAGUGGCGGAUCCAGGGGAGAGGCCACUCCCCCCCCCCCCCCCCCCCCCUUUUUUUUUACAGCAAAAAGCGGCCCCGGGGCGCAAAAAAAAAAAAGAAAGGCCUCCCCCCUUUUUAAACUGUCGUGGAGCGCCCCCCCCCCCCAAGGACUAGUGCUCGCUCUCGGUUGUGGUUGCACGUGCCGUCGCCGGCACGUAACGNUGUAGGCGUCCCUGCAACCACGUAAAAUUAAGGUGCUUAAAGUCAUCUUCUACACUCAACUGAUAACCGCUGACCUUUUAGGAAACGCCUAUUGCAUUGCUUCCUUUCUCAAAAAUUGUCUAUUACAAUGGCGAUAAAAGAUUUGUUAUUUAUCCCCUUGAAAUAGAUUCAGAGAGUGGAGAGACCAAGCUAGAGCUGCACAAAAUGUCUACUACUAUUCCAUUCUAUGGAGUGCCAGAUCUGGCAGAAGUUCUUGGUAAGUACAUUAACCGUAGCUGCCCAGUUAUAUCAGAGAUCUUUAGAUUCUAAGACGAGUACAACUGCGAGUACGAGAUUUUCUCAAUACUAAGUAGCUGCGAGCGUGCGUGAACCAGCGUCAUUUUGGCGGGAAAACCUGGUAGCCGUCCUCAUUGUACUACGCGUUUUAGCGAGAAUUUUGUAGUGACGGAAACAAGUUAACGAAUUUUACAUCGGAAAAGGACUUCAGUUAACCUCCUUCAAUAAAGAUAACAGUCCUAACUUAUUUGGUGAAAAAACUUGCAAUGAAGCUUUCUAGGUUGGUUAUCUUUUGAGAAUACACGCGGAAGCUAUCAGCCGUCAAAUUUCGUCCUGCUAGUUGUUCUUGUCCUCGAAUCUAAAGGUCUCUAUUGAGUGAACGCAUGAGUGCAUCGACUUGGACUUCGGUUCGUCUUCCCUGAGCAAGCAUUUAGUCCCAAACAGUUUUGUAGUCGUUUUGUAUUGGCUGCCUUGUUACCGGUGUUUUUUCUUUUUUCCGGCAUGGUUUUCCGCAUUUACGAAGUCGUUUUCAUUGCAUUCUGGUUUGUAGAGUGCCUUCCACAUGUACGUUAGCUUUUUCUAUUUCUUGCAUCUCGGGUGAACGUUAUUUUGGCUCUACGAAAAUGAACAAAGUAUAGUUUAAAGAUUGAUCAUAAAUUGACAACAAAUUCCUCAAGAGGAUGGUUGCCGUCAACCAACAAUUUUCAGUAGUUAUUAUAGGGGCCUCCAUUUUCUAUUUCAUUUCUACCGUCUACUUGUAUUGAAUUUCACAUAGGAAAAGUUUGAGAAAAAUUAUUCGUAAACCUUCAGAGGAAUAACCUUAAGAGACCACUCUUCUUUGCUAUGUUUUCUAUUUUAGAACUCGUGAAUCAAAAAAACGGCGACAGUAAUUCCAAAUCUUUGACAAGCUGCAGACCAUUUAAGGUUAUCCACUAUCUACAGGUUUGUAGCACCUCAACAGGCUUGUUAUCUUGUUUACACUGCGGAUUCAAGUUGUCUUCUACAGUUAACUUGUGUUUGCUUAACAGAAAGCGGUCUUAUUAGUGUUAAAAAUAAGGUAAUCAAAGAAAUUACAAGAGAGUCCACUGUAAAUACGAUGUUUAAACUGUACUGAGAAGAUAUGUUUUCAAAAUGUUUAGAACGCUCAUCCCUUUUUGGCUAGGUUAAACUCACAAAAGUGUCGAACUCAAAAUCGCGUGGGAUUACAUGAACUGAUAGUCUUCAGAACUGAAAGAGCGAGGUGCCAGAAGGUACCUCUGGUGGUUGUUUCUUGGUGUUGCGGGAAACCAUUAUUGGUUAGCUAAUGUUUUGUUUUAUUACUAUUGUUCAGUGUCUUUUCAAUCUUUUUCGUUACGUCAUUUGGUGAAAACCAAGAAACGAGCAAAAAAAUUUACCAAAAAGUGUGAUGCAUGUGCAGAGAUGUUUUUUUUUUUGCUUAUGAAACUUAUCGGUUUUUUACUCUUAUUUACUCUCUCGUUGCGCGGCAACCUAUUCUUAGCCGUUACAACAGAAACAGAACUUUUUUAUAAAAUGAUUUUACCCAAGACAAGAAUACAAACAAAGCUGCGAUAACAAAAGUAACUUGAGGUUUCCCGAUAUUUCGGAAGAAGAAGGACGGCUUGUCCGUACGAAAUAUCGGGAAACUAAAGUCGCUUUUGUCUUUGCUUUUUAAAGUGCCCGUGGGUGAUUUUUUCGUAUUCUUUCCUCAAUUUGCAAUGAGAAAGGACCAGUGACCACAGCCUGAUAUUCAGCUUUUGAAGCCAGUCAACCGAAACAACUCUUUUUAAACUUUUUUUUUUUUUUUUUGGUCACUUUUCCAUUUUUGUUUAUGUAGGGCGAGGCGGUGCGAGUAGCUCGAGGCCUGAGUUCCCGGAUGAGUAGAAGCGAAGUCAAUGACAUAAUCUCCCGGAUGACCAAUCAGAUUCCAGAUGAUACGAGGACUUGCGUUCAUGGCCGACCAUUCUUCGAAAAGAUUGCGCAGAUUGAAAGCGAAUAA